CGCGAGAGGACAGAAUUUUCCCGCGAAGUAGAAGCGCGCGUUUUUCCCUGGCCGGCUUCUUGAGUGGAAGGCUGGCCGAGCGGCCGCUGUGAGGAAUUAGCGGGCGGCUUUGCAGGUGCGGAGAGGCGGGGACCUGGUUCCAGUGCUGAGGGUCCAGCCAUGCCGGCCGAGCAGCCCGCGAGUAGCGGCGGGCCCCCGGCUCCCGAAAUGGUGGGACGGCAGGAGAGCGCCGUGAUUACCCCAGCCAUGCUGGAGGAGGAGGAGCAGCUGGAGGCCGCCGGACUGGAGAGGGAGCGGAAGAUGCUCGAAAAGGCUCGCAUGUCUUGGGACAGAGAGUCCAUGGAAAUUCGGUACCGUAGACUUCAACAUUUGCUGGAGAAAAGCAAUAUCUACUCCAAAUUUUUAUUGACUAAAAUGGAGCAACAACAAUUAGAGGAACAGAAGAAGAAAGAGAAAUUGGAGAGAAAAAAGGGAUCUUUAAAAGUUACAAAGGGUAAAAACUCAGUUGAUGGAAAUGAAGAGAAUGCAGGUAUGAGAAAGAAAAGAGGAAGGGAAGAUGAAUCAUAUAAUAUUUCAGAGAUAAUGUCCAAAGAGGAAAUUUUGUCUGUGGCUAAAAAAAGUAAAAAGGAGAAUGAGGAUGAAAGUUCCUCUACUAACCUCUGUGUAGAAGAUCUUCAAAAAAACAAAGAUUCCAAUAGUAUAAUUAAAAGUAGACUGUCUCAAACUGUUAGGCAGAAUACGAAAUUCUUUUUUGACCCAGAUCGAAAAUGUAAUGGACAGCCAGUACCCUUUCAGCAACCAAAGCACUUCACAGGGGGAGUGAUGCGUUGGUACCAAGUAGAAGGCAUGGAAUGGCUUAGGAUGCUUUGGGAAAAUGGAAUUAAUGGCAUUUUAGCAGAUGAAAUGGGAUUGGGAAAGACAGUUCAGUGCAUUGCUACAAUUGCAUUGAUGAUUCAGAGAGGAGUACCUGGACCUUUUCUUGUCUGUGGGCCUUUGUCUACACUUCCUAACUGGAUGGCUGAGUUCAAAAGAUUUACACCAGAAGUUCCUACUAUGUUAUAUCAUGGAACCCAGCAGGAACGUCGAAAACUGGUAAGGAAUAUUAACAAACGGAAUGGGACACUGCAGAUUCAUCCAGUGGUAAUCACAUCAUUUGAAAUAGCCAUGAGAGACCGAAAUGCACUACAGCAUUGCUAUUGGAAAUACUUAAUAGUAGAUGAAGGACACAGGAUUAAGAAUAUGAACUGCCGCCUAAUAAGGGAGUUAAAACGGUUCAAUGCUGAUAAUAAACUUCUUUUGACUGGUACACCCUUGCAAAACAAUUUAUCAGAACUUUGGUCAUUGCUAAACUUUUUGUUGCCAGAUGUAUUUGAUGACUUAAAAAGCUUUGAGUCUUGGUUUGACAUCACUAGUUUAUCUGAAACUGCUGAAGAUAUUAUUGCUAAAGAAAGAGAACAGAAUGUAUUGCAUAUGCUGCACCAGAUUCUAACACCUUUCUUAUUGAGAAGACUGAAAUCUGAUGUUGCCCUUGAAGUUCCUCCUAAACGAGAAGUAGUUGUUUAUGCACCACUUUCAAAGAAACAAGAGGUCUUUUAUACUGCCAUUGUGAACCGCACCAUUGCAAAUAUGUUUGGGACCAGUGAGAAAGAAACAAUUGAGCUAAGUCCUACUGGACGACCAAAACGACGAACUAGAAAAUCAAUAAAUUACAGCAACAUAGAUGAUUUCCCAAAUGAAUUGGAAAAAUUGAUCAGUCAAAUUCAGCCAGAGGUGGACCGAGAAAGAACUGUUGUGGAAGUGAAUGUCCCGCUAGAAUCUGAAGUUAAUCUGAAGCUACAAAAUAUAAUGAUGUUACUUCGUAAAUGCUGUAAUCAUCCAUAUUUGAUUGAGUACCCUAUAGAUCCUGUUACACAAGAAUUUAAGAUUGAUGAAGAAUUGGUAACAAAUUCUGGGAAGUUCUUAAUUUUGGAUCGAAUGCUUCCGGAACUACAAAAAAGAGGUCACAAGGUGCUGCUUUUUUCCCAAAUGACAAGGAUGUUGGACAUUUUGAUGGAUUACUGCCAUCUUAGAAAUUUUAACUUUAGCAGACUUGAUGGGUCUAUGUCUUACUCCGAGAGAGAAAAAAAUAUGCACAGCUUUAACACAGAUCCUGAUGUGUUUAUCUUCUUAGUGAGUACGAGAGCUGGUGGUUUGGGUAUUAAUUUAACUGCAGCAGAUACAGUUAUCAUUUAUGAUAGUGAUUGGAACCCGCAGUCUGAUCUUCAGGCCCAGGAUAGAUGUCAUAGAAUUGGUCAAACAAAGCCAGUUGUUGUAUAUCGCCUUGUUACAGCAAAUACUAUUGAUCAGAAAAUUGUGGAAAGAGCAGCUGCUAAAAGAAAAUUGGAAAAGUUGAUCAUCCACAAAAAUCAUUUCAAAGGUGGUCAAUCUGGAUUAACUCAAUCUAAGAAUUUCUUAGAUCCCAAAGAAUUAAUGGAGCUUUUAAAAUCUAGAGAUUAUGAAAGGGAAGUAAAAGGAUCAAGAGAGAGAGUCAUUAGUGAUAAAGAUCUCGAGUUGUUACUAGAUCGAAGUGAUCUCAUUGAUCAAAUGAAUGCAUCAGGAUCAAUUAAAGAGAAGAUGGGGCUAUUCAAGAUAUUAGAAAAUUCAGAAGAUUCCAGUCCUGAAUGUUUGUUUUAAAUUGGAACUAAAGAGUUGCCUUUAAAAAUUCUUGUUUACAUCCACUGAUUUACUUAUGUUGGUUCUGAAAUCCGGAUUGUCUAUUUUACUUUUUUUGAUUAUAUCUGUUUACAUAAUGUAAUUAUUGAUUACCAUCACAUACUUCAUAGAUUUAUAAUUUUCUGAGCUUUAUUAAGAAUGAAAAGAUUUAUAUUAAGUUUUGAUUUUUGAGACUGAGUAGUAUGAGGGGUAGAGGCUGAUGUGUACAUAAUCCACUGCCAGAUUUAUACAGUCUUCCUGUGGAAGUUUAGUAGAUGUCUUUUUUUCCCCCUUUCUUUUAACAGUACAUUUCCUGGAGUGUUGCUACUUCAGUUAUGGAAUAGGCUUUUGACGGGAGGGGUGAUUGAGAUUAUGGCUUCUGUUUAAAAAAUUGUUUUAGAGUUGCUAAGAUUACCCAAUAAAUAUUCAUUGUAAGAUGA